AUGCUCCUCCUCUCCCUCUCCCUCUCCCACUACUCCUCAAACGCCGCGGAUUUCUGCGUGGCUGAUCUCGAAAUCGGAUUCCAGACCCCUUCAGGAUUCCCAUGCAAGAACCCGUCUUUUGUGACCGCUAGUGACUUUAAGUACUCCGGCCUCGUCACCGGCGGCAACACCACCAACAUCAACAAGGUAAGCAUCAUUCGAGCUUUCGUCCAACAGUUUCCGGGCCUGAAUGGGCUAGGCAUGGGAGCGGGCCGGCUGGACAUCGAGCCCGGAGGUGCCAUCUCGGCCCACACCCACUGGUACGCGUCGGAGAUGAUCUACGUGGUGGAGGGGACCGUCACCGCAGGGUUUGUCUCCGGCGUGGCCACCAAUACCGUGUACCUUAACAAGUUGAGUAAAGGAGAGAUUAUGAUCUUCCCACAAGGGUUGGUUCACUUCCAGGUCAACACCGGGACGGAAACCGCCGUCGUUUUGGCUACGUAUGGGAGUGAGGAUCCGGGCACUCAGAUCAUUAGCCCGGCCUUGUUUGGUAACAAUCUGCCGUCUUUGCUUGUUGAGAAAGCGACCAAUAUUGACGAGGCUGAAGUGAAGAAGCUCAAGGUCCUUCUUGGUGGCUCUGGCUAG